AUGUAUUUCAAACGUUUUAUACUAUAAUUGUUGCAGGUGUUAAACAAGGAGGAUUUAUUUUCUUUCUUUUUUUUUCUUUCUUCGCGGUACUAAAUGUAGCUAAUGGCUUCCCAGACCCUAGCGCUCAUUUCUGACAGCUAACGGCAGGUCAGCGGAAGUGACGUUCUGCGGUUGCACAGCGCUCAGCGCGAGCGUUUCCUCGCCUAGUUUCAGUUUUAUGCACGCGCACCCGCGCUCUGAUUUAUUGUCGAUGAGGCGCAGCAGGGACUCACAACUUCAACAUCAUAAUAAUUAUUAAUUAAAAACACACUGGAUUUACCGGCGAGUACAUUUCAGCAGGCAAGUUUGAACUUUGAACUCCAGAAGUAACUCCUCAGUAUAAGUAAAUGCUGUACAGUGUGUCUAGGUAUAACAGACAGACAGACAGACAGACACAGGCACCCUGACAUCCGCCGGAGCUCGAGAGGAACCAAGGAGACACAGCAGACGAAGACAAAACUGAGACUCUUUUUGCAAGUAGACAGCAGUCUACAUUUCCACUUUUCCUGGCCAGUGUCUUUCCUGCAUCAUGCCUCGUUCUUUCCUGGUGAAAAAACGUAGGAGAGGAGGCUCUCGAUUUUCCCUUCCUACAGACUGUAUGCCGUGUCUGGGUGUAACAGGUUGCACAGGCGCAGGAACCCGAGAAGAGCCAGAGCCAAAUGUCGAGGCUUCAUCUAUAGAGCAGACGAAGACACACCGGGACUGGACAUCAGGAAUUAUAGGAUUUAGUGAAUUCCCUUCGCCGAUUCCCUGGCAUCACCUUCAAUCCAGCAACUCAGAGGACAAACAGGACCUGGGAAGUGCGUUCAAGUCCAGCAGCAAAGACAGAGAUUAUUCUCCAAUCAGCUCUUCUAUGGUACACUGUCAGUUAUGUGGCAAGAACUUAUUUUCCAACUUGGAGACCCAUCAUUACAAGUGUCACGAAGGUCACAAGCCACCCGUAGUCUGUAUCAACAGCAGCGAAGCUGUGACACCGCACAGAACAAAGGAGCGAACGUUUGAGUGUAAAGUGUGUGGGAAGCUGUUCAAACGUUCCUCAACUCUCUCCACACACCUGCUGAUCCACUCGAACACAAGGCCAUACCCCUGCCAGUACUGCGGCAAGAGAUUCCACCAGAAAUCAGACAUGAAGAAACACACCUUUAUUCACACGGGAGAGAAGCCACACGUCUGCAGGGUGUGUGGGAAAGCCUUCAGCCAGAGCUCUAAUCUAAUCACACACAGCAGAAAGCACUACAGACCCUUCAGCUGAGCGCACCCACACACAGAGUUCUAAAUAUCUCCUUGUAAAUAUUUCCCACUUUGACAAUAAACCUUUAUAAACAUUCAUCAGCAGAUAAACUGAUUCGGUUCACAGAAAUAAAAAAUAAAAAAGACUGGCCACACGAACUCUAUUUAACUUUUAUUUUUUGUGAUACACAACGCAGUUAUUCUGAGCAUGGUGAGUGAUGACUAUUUUAUAGAACUUUGACACCUCCAAACUCAGGACUUCACUGCUGGGGAAGCUACAACUCCUUGAAAUUCAAGAAAACAUAACUUUAGUUGAAUGUUAAGUGAAUAUGAAGAAUAUUUUUGUAUGCAGUAUGAUUAAAACCUAAUGAGGGAAUAUCAGAUACUCACGAUCAAUACAGCCCUCUACACACAGACCU